GUAACGCCUGGCGCCGCUCCGCACCUGCUUGCGGCGGCCAUGGAGGCUCCUAGUUCUGUAGAUGCUCCCCUGGCGGAGCUGGCCUGGCCAGAAGUUGGGCCUGGCACUCUGCAGGGGUCAAGGUGACCCCGGACUCGUUGCUUGUGACUCGUGGGGUGUCUCGUGGGGUCGGCGGAACCCAGAAUGUGACCCUGCCGAAUCCGAAGUUCGGCCCUGUCCUUUUAAAGGUGUCCCAUUGGUGACUCCUGCCGCAGCCUCAUCCCCGCAGGGACUGGAGAGGUGGCAUGACGGCGCUGAGAGAAUCUAUAGGGCCAGGGCCAGGAGAGGCUGUGUGAUCAGAAUUGGGAGACUCCCUCGAAAUCUUUGGGGAUUAAAGCCUGUGGUUUCCACAGAAGCACCGCCUAUCAUAUUUGCCACACCAACUAAACUGACUUCUGAUUAUCCCACAUAUGAUUAUGCUGGGAAAAACAAAGUUCCAGAGCUGCAGAAGUUUUUCCAGAAAUCUGAUGGUGUGCCCAUCCACCUGAAACGAGGCCUGCCUGACCAAAUGCUUUACCGGACCACCAUGGCACUGACGUUGGGAGGGACCAUCUACUGCCUCAUCGCCCUCUACAUGGCUUCACAGCCCAGAAACAAAUGAAUUAGGCUGCAAAAGACUGGUUUGCUUUUUGGCAUAAACCCUUUGAAUUUUUGUUUCUGUAAAAAAAAUUUUUUUUACUUGAAUGGUCUACUUACUAUUUUGCAAGAAAAAAAAUAGAAGAAAAUAAGACAAUAUUUUGGUUUGUUUAUGAAAUGCACAUGGCCUGUCAGAGCUCAUUUGACAGUUACAACUAUUGCUCGAAGAAGUGCUGCUGCUCUGCGAGUUUGAGCUGAUUUCCCUGGAGGUUCUGGGUGGAGGCUGCACACAGACUCAUUAACGGCGGUCUGUGCUCGGGUCCUUGGGGACCCAUGGUGGCCUUUUUGAGCAUGUGGGGCAGAAACCUUUCUGGGUUUGGAUAUGUCUGAGGCAGGAAGACAAAAGCCAAGGCCAGGUGCAUGAAAUGAAGUAUUGUGUCUGUAGUUACCUUGGGGAUUUUCCAUCUUGCAGUAAAAUGUUAAUAGAAAUUAUUUGCAGCACGCCUCUAUUCAUUGGGCAGUUUGUUUCAAAGGGUUAUUUGCCUCAUCCCAGAUCUUUAGUGAAAUUUUAUGUGUAAUUAUUAUGUAUUUAUUCCACUAUGGGAAUAGAACACCUGUUUAGUGUUGCAUUUUAGACCGAUGUCUGUUUUAUUAAUGAAACUGUGACACAAAGACUCCUUUACCUUUUAAAAACAUUAUGAUUUUUAAGUUAUGAUUUAUUUUGAUUGUGGAAUAAAUACAUGAAUGAAAAA